AUGCUGACCUGCGCCGACACGCCCUUACCGACUCUGCACACACUGGCGCCGGGUCUAUUCUUCACCUGUCACUUGUCCAAGCGGUCCAGCGCGCGUAAUGCUCCUGUGACGCCCCCGAUCAAAGAACGGCCACCCAAAGAGUUCAAGCGCAUACCGCGCCGUCGGAGUACGUGCGCGCGUGCGCCUCUCAAGUGGACUCAGGCGGCGGCCACGCAGGUCCCCGCGCUGAGUGCCGCUACGACAAGCCAGGAGUCGGCGCCGAGGACGCCACGAAGCGACGCCGGGCAGUUGCUGCAGGCGCCGCGGGCUGCUCAGCCUGGAAGAGCUACGACGCCAUUCCGGGGCACCAGCGAAGCCGAUGGCGAGCGCACCUCUAAGCAGACGACUGCGGUCACUCCCGGUGGCGCGCACGGUGGCGGCUCCAAGGCCGGCUCUCCGAUGCGCAGAAAUUCCCCGCCAGCUGUUCCAGGUCCCUCUGGCGUCUCACCCGCCACUCCCGCACAGCAGCCCGCGUCUCCCGUCGACGAAGCCGCUGUGAGGGAUGGAGAGGCCGAGGACUCGAACUCGUUGAAAUGGAUGUCGACCAAAGAGCCUGGCGCGAAGGUGAAGCGGCGAGAGGACGAGGCGUCGUCCGCUGGCCCGUCUCACGUGCAGCUGCAGUCUCCUGCCGCUAGUCCCGCUGCGCCCAAGAAGCGCACCCAGCGGCUGCCUCACGGCGCGCCCGACACCGUCACCAAGAAGUCUUCGGGUGGCUCGCGCACCGAACUCUGCGGGAUCCUGUCGGGGCUUCUGGGCAGGUUUAGAAUCAAAUCGAUCUCCUUGGGUGACGUGGACGAGGUGACGUUCUGGAAGAAUCCGAGUGAGCCAGGAGACUGGCACCUUAGUUUCCUGCAGCAGCAUCAGGUCCUUGGUAGAGGCAGCUUCGGCAUCGUCUACCUCGUGCGCCACAAGGUUACGAAGGAGCUUGCUGCGCUGAAAUGUAUCGAGAAGCAUCACCGCGAGCAGACUAAGGAAGCCCGACGCGUGGAGGCUGAACGUUUGGCAUGGCAAGCAGUUUCGCAUCACCCUUUCGUGGCAACGCUGAAGUGCUACUACGAGACUACGAAAGCAUGGUGCUUCGUCAUGGAGUACGUGCCUCGAGGCACCCUAAGCCAAAUCAUUCGACGGUCGGGACCCUUGCCGGAAAAUAGGGCCAAGGUGGUGUCUGCUCAGCUGGCCCACGCGCUCAACUUUGUCCACGAAGCUGGAUACCUGCAUCGUGACAUAAGUUCGUCGAACGUGCUUCUCGAUGAGCACGGUGAUGCUCGCCUUAUUGACUUCGGCCUCUGUCAGCUGGGAAUGGAGGCCAGGAACCGCUGUGGAUCGCUCGCCUACAUGGCACCAGAAGUCCUCCGUAGGGAACACUACGGCGCCGGUGCUGACUGGUGGUCUUUCGGCAUCGUCCUCUACACAAUGCUUAUUGGCAAAACGCCACUCUCUCAGUACGCCGCCGAGCAGAACAUCAACAUCCAGACAACGAGGAGAGAGCUCCGCUAUUCCAUGGCCCUGGCAGCUCCUCUGAGAUUUCCCCGAUCAUUGACAGACGAAGCGUACAACAUUUUGCAAGAGAUACUUCGCGAGGAUCCCUCAAUGCGGCUGGGGUGUCGAGUGAGCGGCGGACCCAGCAACAGUGGCUUCCAGGAGAUGAUGCAGCAUAGAUUCUUCGCCACCAUCGAUUGGCGGGCGCUCAUAGGAGAUGUACGCCUAAAUCCACGCACGGGCUCCCGGAACCCAAGAGAAGAUGCUGCAGCUAGCGGAAGUAAGCCGUAA